AUGAAUGUUGAAGAAUAUAGGCAUCAGGUUGGUGGACAUUGUAAAUUAAUUAAACCAAAAGAUUCUUCAAAAGUAUAUAAACCAUUAAUAGAAAAUGAAUAUAUUUUUUAUGAAAAAUUAACAAAUUUUAGAUCUUCUUCUGCUGAAUCAGGUCCAUUACAUAUUUUAAAAAAAUUUAUUCCUAAAUUUUAUGGAGUUACAGAAAUAGUUAUAGAAUCUUAUUCUGAUUUGGAAGAUAAGAAUUUAUGCCAAUAUUCUAAUAAUAUAAAAAAUAAUAAAGAAAAAAAAAAUAAAUAUAAGAAAUAUAUAAAGUUAAAUAUAAAGGAAGAUGGAAAAGAAUUGAAAGAAAUGAACGAAGAUAAAAGUGAAAAUUUAGAGAAUAAAGAAGGUGUAAAUAAUGAUUGGAUAGAGAAAAGUAAAAAUGAGGAUCAAAAUAAAAAAAAUGAAAGUGGUAAAAAUAGUGAUAUAAAUGAUAAAAUUAUAGAAAAAAAUAAUGAAUUUGAUGAAAAAAAUGAAAAUAUUCUUAAUACUGAUAACAUAAAGAAAAAUGAUAAUAUAUAUAAGAAAGUUAGAAAAAGGAAGGAAUGUGUUCCACAUAUUGUUUUAGAAGAUUUAGUAUAUGGAUUUAAAAGGCCAUGUGUAUUAGAUAUAAAAAUGGGCAAAAGGCAAAGAAAAAUAGGUGCCUCAUUAGAAAAAAAAAAAAGGCAAGUAGAAAAAAGUUUUAAGACAACUAGUCAUUCUUUAGGUUUUCGUUUAUGUGGAUGCCAGAAUUAUAAUAAAUUGAGUGAUACUUUAUUUUAUAAAGAUAAAUAUUGGGGAAGAAAAUUAAGUAAAGAAAAAAUACCAUGGGCUAUCAGAAAUUGGUUUUGGAAUGGAUGUUUGCUAUAUGAAGAAUUAAUACCUCUACUGUUAGAAAAAUUGCACAGUUUUUUUAACUGCAUAGUGGAAUUAAGACAUUAUAGAUUUUGGUCAUCCUCCUUAUUGUGGGUUUUUGAUGGAGGAUUAAACGACAAAAAAGCUAGAUCUAAUUCUUUAGAUAUUAGAAUGAUUGAUUUCGCAAAUACUAUAUAUUUACAAGAUAAUCCUUCACCAGAUGAUGAAUAUAUUUUCGGAUUGAAAAACUUAAUUGAUUCCAUUCAAAUUUUAAAUAAUUCCAUUCAUAAUAUAUAUUUCUUACCAUAUGAAAUUACUACAUGUUUUUAUUCAGAUAAUUAUAAUACAAAAGGAAUUUGGGAAAAUAAGAUUUUUAAGAAAUCAAAAUCUGUUAUUUUUGAAGAAAAUAAAAAAAAAAAUAAAAAAACUGUUUAUAUAAAUUUUGAAUUUUUAAAAAAUACUAAAAAAAAAAAAAAAAAAAAAAAUAAUAAUGAAAUCCAAAAUAUAAGUAAUUCAGAUUAUAUAACUAUAGAAGAUUUAGAUAAUUAUUCACAAAAAAACAAAAGUAAGAGAAAAGAAAUUCAAAUUAUUAGUAAUUCAGAUUAUCCAAUUAGAGAAAAAGUAAAUAUAUAUUCAAAAAAUAGAAAUGAAAAUAAUAACAUGAAUUUUAAGUCAAUUUCAAAUAAUUAUCAUAAAAAGACUAUAGGUAAUAUAUUUAGUAAUAAUUUAAAUGAAACAAAAAUAGAAACUUGUGAGAAUAAUGAUAUUACAUCUAUGCAAAAUAAAAAUGAUACAAAUAAAAUGAUAGAUACACAAAUAUAUGAUGAAACAAAUAAAUUGUCCCAUGAUAUUUUAAAAGAAUCUACUACUAGAAAUUUAGAGGAUGAUAAAAGUAUGGAUACUAUAAAUAACAAGUAUAAUGGAAAGGGGAAAAUAGAAUUAAUAAUAGAAGAACAAUUAAAUAAAAGUAAUAAAAAACUCUAUAAAAAUGAACAGAAAGAAGCUGUAGAAAAGGAACAUAAGAAAGUCAAAUCAUUCAAAAAAGAAAAGAAUAACUACUGUAAAGAAAAGAAAAAAAAAAAUUUAAUAAAAUCAUCUAAUUCCAUAAUACAAAGUAGCAUUAUCAAUUCUUAUUUAGAAUACGAUAAUCAAGUAGUAGAUACAAAUGAAGAAAAGGAGAAAGAUAUAAAAAAUGAUAAUCUUAAUAAAAAUAUAAAUAACAUUAAAAGAUCAAAAUAUAAUAUAGAAGUAGAAGCUGAUUAUAUUAAUACUAAUAAAAAGUACUUAAGUAAUAUCUCAUUAGCAAAGGAUUAUGAUAAACAAAAAAUUACGUCAACUAUAUCAUCAAAAAACAAUAACAAAAAAAGUAGCAUAAAUUUUAAGUACAAAUCAGAUGACAAAAUAAUAAAUGAAACAAUUAUUAGAACUUUAAAAAUUGUUUCAAAACUUAAUAAAAAAAAUAAUGAAAAAAUAGAAAACUAUUCUGAUACUAAUUCAAAUUCAGAAAAUAAUAUAGAUAUUAAAAAAUACAUUGGUGACUAUUCUGUUAUAUGUCAAAAGAAUAAUAAAAAAGAUAAUGAUGAAAAUAUUUACAUUAAUACACUAAAUGAUAAAUAUAAAAAUAAAAGUAUAUUUAAUCAUAUAAACAAUAAGAUUGAUGUUAUGAAUUGUAAGAAUAAUGAAAAUAAAAAGUAUUAUGUGGAUGAUAAAGAUACACCAAGUAUAGUUGAAACAAAUUACGUGGAAUACAAGAAAAACGUAGAAGAAAUCAAAGAAAAUGAUAAGGGAAAUUAUUUUAUCUCUUUUAAAAAUACUAAGUAUAAGAAGGAUAAAGAUUAUAAAUAUGUAUAUAAUUUAUUAAAGAAUAAUAUAAAAAAAGAAAAUACCGUAAAUUAUAUUAUCAAGAAUAAUGAUAUAAAAAAAAAAAUUAUGUAUAUGAGCAUUUUAAAUAAAAAUAUUAACCUAAAGGUUUUAAUAAAUCAAAUUAUUAAAAUGGAAAUUGAGAAAAAAAAGAAGGAAGAAAAUUAUUUAUUUAUAAAAAAUAAAAGAAACAUUAACUUAAAGAAUUUAUGUAUGAGUAAUUUUUCAGAUAGUAAUAAAGAUAUUAUAGAAAUACAAAACAAAAUUAAAAAAAUGAAAUUAAAAAAAAACAUAUUAAAUAAAAAUUUUAACAAUAUGCAAUAUGAAUGGUCUUUUAAAAAUAACCGAUAUUUUUUAAAAUAUUUAAAUUAUAAUUCAGAUUCAUUAUUAGUUUCUAAAAGUAUAGAAAGAUAUGACAAAAAACAAAAACCAAAAAAGGCUAAUAAUAUAUACAAAAGGUGUAGUUCUUGUACUGAUAUAUUAUUAAGUAUUAAGAAAGGGAAGAAAAAAAAAAACAAAAAAAAUAAAAUAAGGAAGUUACUUUUAAGAAAAUUGAAUAUAUUUUCAAAUCUCAAAAGCAAUAUAAAAAUAAAUAAAAAAAAGAUAUUCACUAAUAAUAUUGACAAUAAGUUAGAUCUAAUACAUUUAAAUGAAAAAUUGAAAAAUAAUUUAUAUCAUAACUUUUCUGAUGAAUUUAAUGUGUUCAAUUCUGAAUAUAAAAGCAACUUUUAUUUUAAUGAUAUUACUCAUCAUGAAAGGAAAGAUUCUAUUAAAAAAAAAUAUUUUGUAAAAGAAAUGAAAGGUAAAAAUUUAAUUGUUCCUCUAACGGAAACCAAUGAGAAUUAUAAAUAUUUGCGUAGAUCACUAUCAGAACCAAAUUUUUAUAAAUUUAAUCAUUUUAGAUGUGUAAAUAAUGAUUUUUAUGAUAAUAAAAUCAAUUACAAUAAUUUAAUUAAAAAUAGAUUAGAUAAAUUAGCGAAAGUACCAAUAUAUAAUCAGAUAUAUGGAUUUACAUCAAAUUCAAGUUACACAUAUUCAUCUGAUUAUUCUUUUUAA